AUGUCCCAGUUCAAGGACAUCAUGAAGAACGGGUGGCAUCCGGAGAAGUCGGGAACCGGAAUCAGGGGCUCAGUGUCUGGCCUCAUGGGCCGCAACAAGGAUAACAAAGACAGCAGCUCAAAUCACGUUGCCCGUCCACUGACCAACCUCAAGGACCCGGCGUCCUUUGCACCGCCGCCCAAACGAACAGGUUCCGGUCUUGCGCCCGCUCCGAAACCAGUCUCGACCAAGCGCAAGGUUGUUGCGGCACCGUCCAAAUACGCCGAUCCCAGAGCUGGGCCGGUUGAACUGCCGCCGAGGGGUACGGGGACGGGCCGGGAGAGUGGCGAGGCCUCGCCGACGCGGGACGGCGUCGACGGAAGGAGUCCGCCCUCAUACGACGAAGCUACUUCGGGGCCGGCCGUCUCAAAGGCACUGCCGCCUAGUUUGCCGCCUCGACUGCCUCCGAGAGGUGCCGCCGGAGGGGGCGAGAAGAACGGCCAGCUCAACGAGGGAGCUGUGAGCCGGCUCGGCGCAGCGGGCGUGUCUGUUCCAGCGUUGGGAAUUGACCGUGGCGGCGCCGCCCAUUCAACCUCACCAAGUCCCCCGCCCGCGUCGUCACGAGCUUCACCUUCGGCCGAAGCUGGAGCUGGAUCAGGAGCCGGGAAAUGGGGCGCCCAAGUCAACCAGCUCCAAGACCGUUUCGCCAAAAUGGCCACCCCAUCAGCGGCACCCUCUGCCCAGGAGCCGCCGCCCAGCCAAGGCACCUCGUGGGCUCAGAAGCAAGCGGCUCUCAAGACGGCGUCGGCCUUCCAAAAGGAUCCCUCGUCCGUCUCCUUCUCCGAUGCCAAGGCCGCGGCCAGUACGGCCAACAACUUUCGACAGCGCCAUGGGGAACAAGUUGCCGCGGGCACCAGGGCCGCCAACAACUUUAGUCAAAAGCACGGCAUCGCGGACAAGCUUGGUGCGUACGCAGGCUCGCAAUCUACACAGCCGGCACAGAACAAAUCCGAGCCGCCGCCGCUACCUGGUCCGAGCCAGCCAUAUAUUGGUGCCACGAAUGAUGCUGCUCAAGCGGCGGUCUCGGGAUUGGCUGGCAAGAAGAAGCCGCCGCCGCCGCCUAAAAAGAAACCAGCUCUCGCUGCUGCUGCUGCUGCUGCUGCUGCUGCUGCUGCUCCGGACCCUCCAUCCGCUUCCCAUGGAGAUGUGCCUCCUCCCAUCCCAAUGUCUACGAGGCCACAAUUCUAA